GCUUUGAAGAUAUGCAGGUUAAAGAUAGCAAUUCUGGGGGAGGGAGCUCUGUGUGGGCUUCAUGACAUCAACUGCUAAGUGAUUGGGUUUUUUUUUCCCCUAGCCUAAAACGGACUGGUGUGCAGCAGAGCUGGCUGGUGUAAAGUCUGACAGGCUUUCUUGUCUAUUCCUCUGCACAUUGCCUGUAUUCCCCCCUCUCUCACAUCAAUAUUUAAUCCUUUUCUAAGAGCAAUGAGAUAAUGCAAUGUGCAGAGGCUGGGAAGGUGCAGUGAGAGAGAGCCGUGCUGCUGCAUGCUACUACAACUGCUGUUGCUGACUGGACUCGGCAAGCCAGGAUACUCGGGCUGAGCCCUGGUGCAUGCAGCUCUACAAGCUCUCUCCCUAAAAUAUGUCCUCUCCGGACCCCACCACCUCCUUCCUGGAAAGGGCAGCUGGGGAGGAGGACACGGGAGGAUGAGGAGAGAGAGACGGCCAGAGCAUAGGAGGAGGAGGAGAAGGAGAGGAGGGGGUGCUGGAAGAAGUGAGGCCGGCGCGGAGGAUGAAGUGGGGUGUCCGGGGAGCCUGCACUGCGCUCUCCAGCUGCUUCUUGCUUGCCUGCGCCUUGAGUGCGGCCGCCGUUGGCCUCAAGUGCUUCUCUUUGGGUUCUGAGCUGAAAGGUGAGCCAUUCCGUCUGGGAACAGCCGCCGGCGCCUUCUACUCUGGAUUGCUGCUGUCAGCUGGCCUCUCGCUCUUGGGCUCUGCCCUGCUCUGCUGCCGUGAGGACGCGGAAGGGGAGAGUAAACCCGGCAGCCAGAAUUUCCUCCUCCUCGGCGUGCUAGUCUUCAUGUUGGGAGUGUUGAGCGCCUUUGCGGGGGCAGUGAUAGAUGGGGACACCGUGUCACUAGUGGAGAGGAAGUACUCACACUUUUGCCUGCAGCAACCAACACCUGGCGCGGGUAGCAGCACCACCACCAAGUGCCAGAAACUGAAGGAUUACCAGCGGGGUUUGGUUAUUUCCACCAUUUUUAACUCCCUGGAAUGCCUGCUUGGGCUCAUCAACUUGUUGCUAGUAAAAAACUACAAAUCCUCCCAGCAACGCCGCAGAAGGAGGAGGAGAUGUGGGGGAAGGCGCUUCCAGAGGCAAAACAGGGGCUCAAUUUUCUCUAAUGAGGAGCAUGACUUCUCCCCUGGGGAUUUCCCUUUCCAGAGUGUGUCCUAUAUCAAUGUUGGGGUGUUUCACCUGUUUGAUGAAGCGGGGGUGGAGGUGCACUGUGGGGGUCACCCCUCUCUGGAGCUCCCCGGUUACUCCCCUAUGGACCCAGAUUUAAAUUCAUCAUACCCCUAUUGUUACCCUCUACCUAAUGAGCAGCCCCCUCCAUAUGAUGAGAUUUACCCUGCUACUGAAAUGUGCAGCAGCAGCACAACCACCACAUAGCAUCCACCUGACUGCUGUACAGACCCAACUGCUCCAUGAUCUGCACUGACAAUCAUUGAUGCCUGCAAAUGUGACAGGGACACGUUACACAAGGACUACCACACUGUAUCUAAAUGGUUGUGUUCAAAUAAUGCUCAUAGCCAGUGUAUGGUAAGGGGUGACUGGUGUUUGUAUGUGUGCGAGUGUAUGUACUUGGAGGUCCCAAGAGAUCCACCUGUCUUCACUUGACUCCAAUCAUUUAUUUGACAUUUGUGGAGUCAGUAGUGAAGACUAUAGAUCUAUCAGUUUUUCCUCCUCUUCACAUUUACUUUGUCAUACCAGUGUAAAUCUAAAUUUUGUUAUUCGUCACUAUUGCCAUGGUUACAGUGUCUAGCUACAAAAUUAUUAUGUCAGUAUAAAUAGGCUUUUAUUUCAUGUCUGAUGAGAUUACUCAUCUUUACCAAAUCUCAAGAUUUUAUCAGUAAAUGCUUCUGAUCAUGUCACUGCUCCUACCAUUUUUUCUUAUUAAUGAAUCAUCAAAUAAUGUUUAAUAAGAAAGCCUCAAAAUUGGAUUGAUUGUACAGAAAUGACAAAAUUGCACAAAGCUUCUUGGCAGCACUCUAACCAGGGGCAGAAUUGGGAAUGAGUACAGUGGCCCAGAGGGUGAAGGUGGCCCAGCAAUGGGAGGCUGUGUGGAAUAUGUGUUCUGCAAAGACAGCUGCUGGCACUUUUGAGUGCCCUUGCAGCGCAGACAGAGUUAAUAAAGGUCUGUGUCUUUGUUGGCUUGGCAGCUGAUCACAUGUUAUGUGGGUUGAACUAUUCAGAUGUGUUGUUGUGUAGCGAUUGUGCUUCUCAGAAUGAGUCUUUGCUUGAAAACAGUUUGACACUUGUAGGAGUCACUGGGCGAAGAAGGGUCAGUGUUCAAGCUUUGAUUUCAGCAUGGAUAUUAAUGAUCCAGCACUCCUGUCUCUGCUGGUCUUCUGUCAUCUUAUAGUUGCCAUCUGUCUCUAAUUCAACCCCAGGUUUUCCAGAUUUUACCAGGACAUUCUUAUCCCCGGAAAAGUCCCUGUUUUCUGUAUUAACCAAGAGAGUAAUACAUGUCCUCUUUUGUAUACAUUGAAUAGAAUACAAUGGUAACUAUAUCUAUAGCUGGCUGACUAUGAGUUAAUUUAUUUACAGUGAAAGAAUUACAUUAUAUAACCAAGGUCAGUAAAACGAUCUAGAUGAGGAUUGCAGUACAUUUAUCCCCAUCUCUAUAGUGACAUGUCUGAUGAUGUGCUUAUCUCUUCAGCAGUGUCCCUUUGGAAUUAUUUUAAAUUGUUUGCAAAAAAUGGACCUAUCUCACAUCUUCUAGCAAGGCUCCUGUAUAUGAUACAGUAAGGGAACAGACAUGUCUAGCUUAUGCUUUCAUGAUUCAGUGCAGAGCAGAUUGCAUAUGUGGGGGAAGAGAGUCCUCCACUGGAGGGACUGCAGUGAUCACGUCUCUUCAUUAGAAGAACAGUUUGUAUUAUUUUCUAGAAAGAUUGGUGAUCAGGAAAUCAACUUGGAAUAUUAUUCUAAAUGAAACUUUUAGUGAUAGCUAGAAAUAACUGAAGUUUAUGUGCAGCUAUUUUAGGGUUCACUGGAAAAGACCCACAACUUAACGGCAGCGUUGUGGUCAUAUACAUUAUCUUGGUUAGGUGUUGUCAUAUUUUAUUUAUUUAUUUUACAGAUAGGAUGGAAGGAGACAACCAUGGAUCGAGUAAGCUGUGUAAGAGUUACGUGCCUUAGUGAUAUCCAGUAUCCACUCAGCCAGUUAAUUGUUCUGAACAGUCUAUGUCAGGCUGACUGGGUGUUCUGGAAUCUGUAGUUCCAUAACAGAUGGAGAGUCACAGGUUGUUUUUCUCACCCUCCACAAACAAACAUGUCAGAGACAGUUGACUUAUAACAAUGUUCUGCUUCAAUCCCAUAAACAAUAUGCAACACUGGUAUUGGGGAAUUUGCUGGGACAAUGACUUCCUACUUCAUUUAGUAUGCAGGGGGACAUUUAAUGAAUUACUGUGUCACCACAUGCUUGGCGGCUGGAUUAUAUAGGCUAAUAAAACUAAAUAUAAAACACACCUGGCUUUAUAUUUAAUAUUAUUGACCCUUUAAAUCCAGCGGCCGAAACCACCAAAGCUGUGGUGACUUUCAAAAGCGCUGCUUAGUAACUUCCCGAUUCAGGGGCAUAUCCAAUUAGCCCCAGUAAUUUACCAGGGCUAAUUGUCCCGCUGGGUGCUAUCCUAUUACCCCCGAUAAGCCAGCACGAGUGGUGCCUUAUUGGGGAUUACCUGAAGCUGCAUCGGAUGCCGGCUCCUGACAGUGCCUGGUGCAGCUCUGCUCCUCUGGCUCCCACGGUCACAUGGCCGCUCUCCUGUCAUGUGACCGCUGCCUUUGGCGGAGGAGAGGGGUGAUGCGGUCACAGCGGUUUUUCGCACCCGAUGUUUUGCUGGGCCUAAUAGGAUAUCCCCCUCAGAGUUAAACUGCUCAAGUUUUUACUGACUACUCCAUGGAAAGCAUGGUUCCUGUUUUACAUAAUAGUACUUUAUUUCUUAGAGCAGUAAGAUAAAGCACUACCAUGUGACAGGGGAACAGCAGUUUGCACUAAGUGCAGUUGAUCAGUAAGUUUACAGUACAUUCUGCCCCAUUCUCUGAGUGGAACAGGUUUGAAUAUACGGGGCGAAGGUUUGAAUAUUCGGAGGCAGAGGCGGAGGCGGUGCUGGGAGAUGAGAUCAUCUCCAUGCUGCCUCUCCCUAUUGUAGUGAACGGGUCCCGGUCGCAUUGACCCGGGAGCCCGUUCACGUUGCCACUGACUCGGUAUUCAACCCGGGAAUAACACUGCAUUAUUCCUGGGUUGAAUUACGGGGUCAGGGGACCCUGGAUUUCGACCAUGGCCCUUUCACAUCGCACACCGACCUGUGUCGACCCGGCAGUAUGCCGUGCGGAUACCGUGUUAUUUGUUCGGUAUGAAAGGGGUUUUAGCCUAAUUAAUAGAAUUCUGCUCAGUGCCAAAAGUGACUUUCAAAGUGCACACAGAAUGUCAUACUGCCUGCCCUGUUCACACUAUGACCACUGCAUCAGCAAUGCAUAAACGUUUACCCAUUCUGAUGUCUUGGGUGUGGUAUAGAAGAUCAACACCAAAUGGUCGACGGGUACAAAAGGUCAACAAGUACAAAAGGUCGACAGUGGGUAAGGUUGAAAGAUCGACAUGACAACGGUCGACACAAGUGUUUUCAGUUUCAAUCUUGUAUGUUUAAUAAUAUGUGACCACCAUUAGUAAAAACAUUUACCCUCGCAGGCUCGCAUCGCUCGCCACGCUUUAGGCGGGUUACUAUUCCAGAUUGUAGUACACGUGGAUAGUAAAUCAAGCAAAUGUUGGGAAAACAUGUAAAAAAACAAAACACCUGUUGACCAUUUGUGUGUCGACCAGUGUCAUGUCGACCUUUUGUACCUGUCAAUCAUCCGGAUACAUGGUAUCUUUUAGCAUGGAGUUGCACUGGCCAUGGGAUCAAUGCAUUAGAAGUGACAGGCAGAUGGUCAGUGCAUCCUGACUGCACAGAUAAUACAGCGCAAAUCUCCAUGGGAAUAAGCAUCGCAUUUGCAUCAUUUAAAUUCAAUACAGAACCAUUUUCAUGUCCCCAUGGCCUUAGUCUCAUAAGACUGACAAAACAGAUAUAAGGAGGAAAGUUACUAUAGUUAUUCUUUUACUUUGGGAAUAUUUAUACUGAUAGAUUAAAGAGAAAGUUAUGUGUUUGUGUUUUUAAUUUGUUAGUGUUGCACCUUGAAAAGCACAUUGAAAAGGUAAAGCUAUGUGUAUUUGUGCCUGCCGAAUAUAAAGCUCUUAAAAUAAGAGUAUACAGAUGUUUAGAAAAUAACGAGAAGCGCAUAAUUUACCACUGUCAUUUAUACCCCUCUCACUAAUAUAAUUUGCAGUUGACACACAAAUCAUAUAGACAGAGUAAAGGCCAGUACAUGAGGCAUUUUAUGUGUUAUUAGAAUAUUCAUUUUGUAAUUAAAAUUGAAAUAAUAUAUUUUAUUGCCAUCUGAUCUUGUGCCAUUUACUCUGCUUUGGGUACACACUUUAUUUUCAGAGAAUUUCUAAUUGUAUUUAAGAUGUUUGUUUUAUGCCGUCAAAAAAAUAGGCAUUCAUGUAUAUUAUUUCUGCUGACUGUAUUAUUCACAAUAUUGCAUGGACACAUCCACAAUCUGUGUAGACAAACCUAUUACCUUCUUAGUAGUAAUAUUACAACCAUUAUGUCAAUGUUGCAUGCUUUCGUUUAAUGUUACAAUUUACCAUGACAAUCACCUGUUGAUUGAUUUACUUGAAUGCUAAUAUUUGGUAUUGAAAAUUCCAAACCUACUCUUUCAUUCAUUUUUUAUGAUGCAUUUCAUCUGAAUUGGUUCUUGCUACAUUUUGGCAGUGCUAUGGUUAAACGAUGUUAGUGAAGUCUACGAAAAUGGAAAAAAGGGAGAUGUGAAACUUGUGGCAUGAGAUGAGAGAAAUGAUGUAAGAAAAUGUCAUGCAAAUUGAGUUUUGCAGCACAACAGGCCGCUGUCCAGAGAUUCCAGGGGGUAAAUUUACUAAGAUGGGAGUUCUAUUUAAGAUGGGAUGUUGUCCAUAGCAACCAAUUAGAUCCUACUUCUCAUUUAUCUAGCACCUUUUAGAAGAUAAUUCCUAGAAAUUGAUUGGUUGCUAUGGGCAACAUUCCAUCUUAAACAGAACUCCCAUCUUAGUAAAUAUACCCCCAGGUUCUGACAAUGAUCUAAUCUUUGAGUUUGACUGUCUCAUCAUUCCACAGAAUUUCAUUUAUGCUCUGGGGAAGAAGAGUUAAUUUAUGCUGCUGUGAUGUAUAGAUGGUAUAGGAGUAGGAACACUUAAGGCCAAACUGCUGAUGUAAAGUGCAAUAAUUUGUGCCCAAAUAUGGAAUGAGGUGACUAUUUUGUAAAACAUUUUAAAAAUGUUGCUCAUCUCUAAUAAUAAGCUUCUGGCAUGCCAUUAUGUAUGGGCCCCACUGUCAUUUAUCCAGGGUCAUAUCUAUCAUGAAACUGAACUCAAAGUAGAGUGACAUGUGACACUCACAGAUGAGGAGGUAUAUUUACUAACAUGCAGGUUUUCAGAAUUGGAGAUGUUGCCCAUAGCAACCAAUCAGAUUCUAGCUAUUAUCGUCAAGAAUGUGCUAGAUAAAUGACAAGUAGUUUGUGAUUGGUUACUAUGGGCAACAUCUCCACUUCUAAAAACCCACACUUUAGUAAAUAUAUCCCUAUGAUUUAAAAAUACUGUAACUUUUUGCUAUGUAUGUGUUCCAGUUUUUCCAGGACAGACCAGAUUAUUCCAUUUAUAAUCUACAAAACUAAAUUUGCAUUCUUGUACUUCUUUGCAUUCAUAUAUUAUUUUAUUCAUUCAUUCAUUCAUAUAUUUAUUUAUUUAUUUAUUUGUGAAUUGUAUUUAUUAACAAUGCCAAUGAACCCAGAAUAACAGAAAUGGAAGAUUGGUAUAGCCUUGUGUGUAUCUGACAUAUAAAAAUAGACCAAAAAUGAAGACACAUGUACAAUAUCUCCCUGUUUUUAGUUUGAAACCUAUGGGUCAAUCAGUUAUAUCUAAUCAUAAAGCCAAUGCUAAUUGAA